UGUUCGCAGAUUUUCCCGAUCACCCCUUGCGCGAAUCGUAACUGAUCCGACGGGUGUGGCUCAUCUUAACGACGGACGACGGCUUGUUGCACGGUCAUCAAGCAGCCACUCACCGACGCACUUCCGGACAAGUUCGGGCGAGAGAAGGAAGAGAGGAGAGGAGGAGAUGUCGUCGAAGUCAGUGAUCGACCACGAACUGUCGGCGAAUCACGACGUCCUCCGCUUCGGUUUGCAUGCUGUCAAGGGCGACAUCGUCGGAUCCCACCCCCUCCAAUCCCUUCGCGACUCCAGGAGUAGAUUAUGGGAGGAGAAGAAGCGCCUGUUGUUGGAUCUUACCUAUGGAUCAGCUUUCAAUCUGAGGAGGGAUCUCGAUGCCCAAAUUCUCUCCAGAUUUCAGAGACCUCCUGGAGCACUGACAUCGUCGAUGCUAGGCUUUGAGGUUCUCACUGGUGGCUUGGACGACUUUGCUUUUGAGGAUUACCUCAAUUUGCCACAAGAUUCAGAAUCCAUCAGACCAUCAGACCUGCAUCAUGCCAUGGAAGUUCGUCUUGGUGUAUCGAAGGGACCUGUCUUCCCAAGUUUUAUGUAACCACACCCCUGGGCUGAACCCUAAUUGUCUAAGUGAAUCCAUUUGGGAACAAAUUAGGUUAUUGAAAUUAUCUCCCCUGCUUUAUAGUAACAUUCAUAGCUUUAACUGGAUGGAUUUUUUUUGUAGCAGAUUGUAAUAGAUAAGAGAACAACUUUUAGACUCAAAAUUGCUCAAUGAUUUCAAAUUUAGUUU